GCCAUUGAAUACUCAAGCUCGCAUAAGCAACCGUAACGCUUCAAAACUGCUCGCUUUCGCAAUUGUCCGUCUUGAAUAGUCUCGACUCCGUUUCGUGUCAGUGUUUUUGUUACUCAAGCACAAGAAAUAUGAAAUUACAAGCCAGGACACAAUUGAAGGCGGGAGCCGGGGAUGGUGGCAAAGGGGCAAAGCGGAAAGCUCGGGAGCCAACGCCAGAGAGCGAGCCGGAACUCGAUGAGGACGCCCUGGCGAGCAAUGAUGAGGGCGAGGGCGACGAGGGCGAGGACGAGGACGAGGACAUGUACGGCGGCGACUACGGCCAGGACCAGGAGGACGGGGAGGGAGAGGAGGACGGGGAGGACGGGGAGGGGGAGGAGGGCGAGAGCAGCGAUGGUGAAAUGGUCCAAGGCCUGGAGGAGGCGCUGCAGGCGGCGGCAGCAGCGGCCGUGACAGCCGGCGGUCGUGGUGGUGGAGAUUUCCUGGGGGGCGACGACGAUGACAGCGAGGAGGACGGGGAAGGUGCCGGACCGGACUCGGGCCCGGAGAGUGAGGAGCUGGAGCUGCUGCCGGAUGAGUUCGGUGGGGAGGGCGGCGAAGGCGAGGGCGAUGAUGACGACGAAGACGGCGAAGACGACGAUGACGACGAAGAUGAAGACCUGGACGCAGACCUGGAUGACGACCUGCUUGCUGGCGCGGGCGACUCCGGCGAGGGCGAUGAGGACGACGACGAUGAGGAGGAGGACGACGACGACGGCGACGAUGAGGAGGGCGGCGAGGCGAGGCGGCGGUCAGGCGCCCAGGCGGGGCCUAUGGACCCGGCGGACAAGGCCGCGGCCAAGGGCGCCUCGUUCGCCAAGGCCUUCCACAAGUUGCUGGAGGGCAAGGCCAAGGGCGGCGCGGAGGAGGCGCCCAUCCUGGCGGCGUCCAAGUCUCUUGCCAAGCGUGAGGCCGAGGCCAAGGCCGACGCGGCGGAGCGGCGCGAGGCCAAGCGGGCGCGGCUGGAGCGGCGGCGGCGCGGCCACUUGCCCGUGCCCAAGAAGGGCGAGGAGCCGGAACACGACGUGCGGGAGAAGGGGCUCGGCCGCCUGGCCACCAAGGGCGUGGUGUUGCUUUUCAACGCCAUCGCCAAGGCCCAGAAGGAGGCGGCGGCGGGCGGCGCGGCUGGCGGCAAGAAGCCCGCCAAGCUCAGCAAGGCGUCCUUCCUGGCCCAGCUCAAGGGCACGGCCACGGGUGCCGGCGGCGCCGCCGCUGGCGGCACCGCUGCCGGAUCCGUGCUGGGGGCGGCGGCGGCAGCCGCCGCCGGCAAGGGCGGCGCGGCGGCGGCUGACGCCGCCGCGGCGGAGGGGGCUCCUGGGUGGAAGGUGCUGCAGGCUGGGUUCAGUGGGCUGAGCGGCGGCACCAAGAUGAAGGACUGGGACCGCAAGGCCACCGGCAGCGAUGAGGAGGACGCGAGGAACAUGGGCGACGCCGGCAUGGGUGGCGGCACGGACAGCGAGGACGACGGCGGCGACGGCUGGUAGAUUGUUUGCGUGGGGGAGGUUUGUUUGUGUGGUGGUGUGGGUGCAUGGUUGGGGGUGAAAUGGGAGGCGAGGGGGAGGGGGAGAAGGAGGCGUUGCCGAGUGGUCUGGUGCAGCCGUGCAGAGAAAGCGCCAUGGGCAGGAGUGAGGUUGGCUGUGUGCUAGGAGGCGCGAACGCCUGCGGCAGUUGUGGCACCGAGAAGAAUUCUUAGGCAGCUUAGGUGGCAUUGCUCGGAUUGGGACUGGUUCACUAGAAAUAUGCGGCUAUGCGCACGGCGGGGAACCGAGGUGUGGAUGGGGCCCACCGAGGCAGCCCCGAGGUCGUCCAUCGAGCCUGGCCCUGUGGACACAUUUGCAAAGCGCCUUUAUCAGAAUCUCACUUCAC